AUGAUCGAUGAAGCCACACUGACUUUUGCCACGGCCAAGCCCCAGCUGCCGCCCCGCUGGCGGAGCCUCUACCACCCCUUCAGCGGGCAAGUGUGGGCGGCUGUGGUCGGCCUCCUCUUUCUACUCCCGCCCACUCUCCUACUGGUUGCUCGCUUGGAGGUGACCAUCACCCCAGAGGAAGGAGAAGGAAGGAGUCCCCCAGGACCCUUGCUGGUGACGCAGGACGUGGUGGGGACGCUUCUGGGGCAGGACCUCACCAGACGCCUCCCCAGCAGGAGCUCCACACAGAUUGUGGUGGGAGCGUGGCUGGUGUUGGCCUUCAUCGUGGGCACGGCUUACCGGGGCAACCUUACUGCCUUCCUCACUGUACUCAAGUACCCGGCCAGACCAGAGAACCUCGAGCAGCUCUUAAAGACAGAUGCAAGAGUGGUUAUGCCUACUUACUUUCGAACUCUCUUCUAUGAUUCCUUCAAGAAGUCUAACUCCACUCUGAACAAGAUGCUGGUUGAUCGUACCUACUUUGUUGCCUCGCACGAUGAGGGACUGCAACAUGCAAUGGAGAAAAACGAGGCCUACGUCUACGAGGGACUCAAGCUGCAGCUUCUGGUAGCCGAGAACUACACGAGAGACGACGGCUGGUCGCCGCUCUACGUGGCCAGACGCCCCAUCCAGCCCGGGUACGCGGUCUGGUACGCCCCCAGAGACGCUCCCUACAUAUACAACUUCGACCGAUGCAUCCUCGCCUUCCAUGGGGCCGGCUUGAUCCAGCGCUGGAGCCAGCUUGUGCUGGACGACGCCAGUAUUCGGGAACGAGCUAAGCGGAAGGAGCGGGCGAGCAGCGAGGGAAAGAUGGCGUCAGACGAAGUGGCAGAGAAGAUGUUGUCGCUAGUGGCCAACUCAGAGGUCGGCCUCCAAGCGCUCACCCUCACGCAUCUUCAAGGACCAUUCUUCCUGCUGGUGUUGGGCCUCACAGUGGCUCUCCAUGUCCUGGUCGGGGAGGUCUUAAUGGCUUACUACACACCAUGAGGGAUCCAGCCUUCCACAACCGCCAUCAACACCUAUACCUUAGACCAGAUGUUGAUGCUGCUUGGCAGUAAACAAUAGUGGAUAAUGGAAUUUACAGAUAUUAACACUUUAAUAUUGAUGACUGCAAUCAGUUCACUAUUAGUGAUAUUAUUUUCCUUUAUUUUGUUAUUAUCAUUAAUAUAUAUUUUGCAUUUUCUAUUAUUUUCAGAAUUACACAAAGAGUAUAAUUACACUAACGUGGCUGCAUCAAUGAGAAAAUCCGUAGGAGCCGUGAUGGGGGUUCGAACCUGUGCGAUUGGUGUUCCUACGCACAUGCUUUAGCGAGUAAAUCACGACAUGGUAAUCAGGAUUGCAACCUGGAGUUCUACUGAACACACACACACACACGGAUUUUCUGAGGCUUCUACUGAAGCCGGAACACAGGAACAAGAUUUUCACCCAAUCCCGCCCAUGCACUCUGGCUCUGUCAUCAAGAUGUCACUAGAAGCGUGGGAACACCCCAACCCGUCCUCACACUAGGCUGUUUAAAGCAGCGGCCCUCCUCCCCAGAUGCAUUCAUCUUUUUUUAACAUACUAUGUAUUAAAAAUUGGUUUGUUCUCAUAUUUAAAUUAAUAUUCUUAUACAUAAAAAAUUGUAUGUAUA